GUUCUCGUUGCUCCCACCAUCCCACCUUGCCUAACGUGCCAGUCGUCCUCGCAUCCCGCUCAAACCGAGUCUUGCUCUAUCUCGGCUGCACGUCUCUCGAGCCUCUUAGGUCGUGACACUUCUUCACAGACAGCAGCCCUUAUCUGAUCUAUCGAUAACACUCACAAAAUCCCGAAAGCCUCUCUCCUCUCAUGUUUUCAGCAGGCCUUCUAACCAAGCUGUCUACGCGUGACUCGCAUCAGCGCUACCGUCAUGUUGCUCCCCACAGAAGUCCCACGGAUGCGCCUUUCGCCGUCCCUGCCGGAUCUUACCGUCAUUCUCUCCGCGUCAGACCCCAACCGUCUCCUUGCGCCGGACAGCAGCGCACAGCCCCUCUCCUCACAGGCCACUGGAGGCUCUCUUUCCCCCACCAGCCCCGCCGACCUUCCGCCGCUUUCUCCGUCCACAACGAUCUCCCCAUCCUCGCCGAAUCCGAACUGCAGCCCACUUUCGAGCCCUAGAAUAGACCAUCCUGCGAAUCUGGACGCAGAUUCUGCACCGCGCCUAGGGAAAGCCGCCGCGGCAAGCAACACGUGCGUGCGAAAUAAACUCAUCGGCCGGGUCCAGGCGAGAAAGGAUGCGAUUCUCGAUAUGCCGCCGCUGCUGAAGCGCACGGGGCACGCUCGCCGGUUUCCCCGCAGCAUCAGUGUGGACGGCGGGGAGCUCACCCGGGACGAGUCCUGCACUGAGACCCGCGCGCGGGUCUUCCCCGCGAGCCAAAGCCUGUCUGGGCGGAAAACGGCCGCGGAGGCUCGUCGGAGAGAGGAAGUAAGCAGUCCCGGGGGAGGCAGCGAACGCGGUGAUGCGAGAGGCGACGGGGACAAGGAGGGGGAAGCGGGCACGACGAGUGUGGACGAUGGGAGCGCGGGGUACGACUCGGACGAGGAGUUCGUGAAGCUGUACGGCAUGGUGGCGGAGCACCGCGCGGCGGAGCGAGCCAUCGUGUCGUCCGCCUUCGCCAGGGUGCUCUCCAGGCCCCACAGCGGCACCUGCAGCCCCAAGGUCGCCACUGGCAGUUGCUCUAGCACUAUAAUCAAGUCUGGCAGCGGCUGUAGCAGCAUAAUCAGGUCUGGCAGCGGCUGUAUCAGCAAUGUGCGAUUUGUCAGUGGCAAUAGCAUUUGCACAAGCACAUGUGAUGUGGCAGCUGCCAAUGAGGAUGAGGGGCGCUUCCGUGUGCCCGGUGGCGCUACUGUGUUAGUCAAUCACAGGUUCAAAUUGGAGGAGCUGCCAGUGCGAAGUCCCAGAGGAGCAGCGUUGGGACCGCGUUUCACUAUCAAGGGGACUCGCGACGAUGUGCCUUGCACCAAUUCAGGGAGCCGACCGCGAGUGAGCCUUGAUUCUGCAGUAGCAGUUGUGGCGACCAUUGACGGUGAUGGAAGAGAGCUGGCCCAGAGGCUGAAGGAAUCGGAGUGCAGGCUGGUCAGCCAGCAGCGACAGGGGCAGCACACUCUGUCUCUGUUAGAAGAACCCCCAUUGCAGCAGCGGUUGCGUGUUGAUGUGGGUUAUCCUAUGGGUCCCACGAGUGCAAAGGUAUCACCCGCCAGGAAGGGGCUGAAAGGCAGCAACGGAAGGUUCCCCCGUUCUGCAAGUGAGAGUGGUCCCUGCCCCACAGGCAUGGCCCAGCGUGUGCGGCAAGCAAGCGGGAAUCUAGAGAGGGGGAAGUGUCUCAGCCCUCAGGCUAGUGGUCCAGCGGAAUACGGGGCCAACAGCCAUACGGUCAGGCACUUGAAGCCAUGCCAUAGGAGACAAGUUAGUUCUUCAGCAAUAGCAGUGAAUUCGUUGUGCUAAUGCUGAGCAAGGGCCAGAGAGUUUGCAGGUUUGUUUGAUGAGAAAUGUACAGCUUAAAAGUAAAUGAUUACUGUCGUG